AUGAUGCGCCAACGGAGGGCCGUCUCUCAGCAAGAACACGCGGCUCGAUCCAUGAACCGCACCGCAUCCAGUCGAUCUGAACAAGGCACUUCUCUGCAGCAGCCCUUUGGCAGCAUCUCUCCCGAUCAGCGCCUGCUGCCCCGCGGCAGCCCUGCAAGCCGCCCGCUCCCGAGUGUCCAAGAGGAUGGCGACCUCCCUGACGUCGGCAUCACUCCCGACGUGUACCUGGCCAAGAAGUGGCUCGGCGAGCAGUCGUACCUGGCCAUGACGAGGACCAAUCUGUCGCCCAGCGUCGCAUACAGUAGCCCGGGUCCGUCGGCAUGCCCAUCCAUGAUCUCGGGGUCUUCGGCCGUCGAGCUGUCGCAACCCCUGACUCGCCAUAGCAGCUCCUUUGACAGCCACACCGGCGCCAAAAUGAUGCGCUUCUUUUCGUCUCAAUCGUGGCAAACGGAUGCAUCAACCGGCACCGAUGCUCGACUUUCCUCUGCCGCCGCCGCCUUCGAUGGCGCCGAUGGCGUCCAGAAGCGCUCCACCUGCGAUCAAGACUUCUUUGGCGUCGGAGCCGGUUUUCCGCCAGACAUGCCUCAGAGCUAUCCUUCGUCGGCUCCCAUCCCCAGCACGAACCUAUGUCCUCCUACCGCCACCGCAACUUCCAUGGAACGGUCCAUUUCCAACACCAGCGACGCGAGCGCCAAGUCGGCCGGCUCCAACCUGGAGCGGCGAUCCAAGCAGGCGUUCCAGAGAGUGCGCCAGAACAGCGACCGGAAUCUGAUUGCGCCCAAGCCACACGAAGCCUUGGUCGACAAGUCCCACAGCAGCAUUGCGCCUUCCAAGAGGGACGGCAAGGUUGCGCUGCAAAAGACGCCCUACCAGCGGCCCAAGCACCCCCGGGUCUACUGCAACCAAUGCGAAGAACACCCCGACGGCUUCCGAGGUGACCAUGAGCUGCGACGACACCUCAACGCUAAGCAUAAGGGCGUCGUCAAGAAAUUUGUGUGCCGAGAUCCCGCGUCUGUGGGGAUCCAGUCCAAGGUCAAAGCCCUUUACCCCCUCGCCGAGUGCAGAGCUUGCACCUCAAAGAAGCAGUAUGGUGCCUAUUACAACGCGGCCGCUCACCUGCGCCGAACCCAUUUCAAGCCCAGAGCGCCACGCGGCAAGAACAAGGGCCCGACGGACGAGAGACGUGGUGGCAAGGGAGGUGGCGACUGGCCCCCAAUGUCUGACCUCAAGCUGUGGUACGAGGAGGUGCUCGUCCCUAGUGACGGCAACACGCUGGACGACAACUUUGACAUGGUGGACGACGACCCAUUCGAACACGGGGAAGACGUGACCAUGGACUUGUUCCCCGAGCCGGAGAGCGGCUCAGCUGCCUUUGACGUUGAGAGCACGUACGGCCUGCCUCGGUCCAGUAUGGUAGAGGGACAACGUCUUGAGGAGGCAGCCGGGGGCGUGUCUGUUUCUCCCGCCGCGGGGCCUGGUAUCGUUCCGAUGAACUGCCUUGGGUUCGGGCAAAUGAAUUAUGCGGAGCGGCCUACUCACGAGUACACGCUCUCCGGGGAUUGCAAGCUGGCCUACGGGGCCGCUGCGUCGUCACUUGACCCCGCCAUGACUGCCCAGUUUUGCGAUCCAAACUCUCAGUUCAUCUCGGAUUGCCUAUGGAGCAUGGACGACGUUGAAGGCCCGGCCUCAUGA